ACCCAGGGGUCAGACAUCAAUAACAUUAUCAGCUUCCACCACAAACUGAAACGGCGUCGUUUAUAGUCUUCUUCUCCUACUUUGCUAAAAUCGCCAAUCAUUACCAUCCUGCCUUAUUUUUCUUCAUCAUCUUUGCUUGAAGUAACUGUUUCUGAAAAUUUUCAUUAAGUUAAUUCGUUUCCAUUGUUAAUACAAUGGAAUUUGAAUUGCCCACAGAUAAAGUAUCUUUUCCAUCCAAUAAUACAAUGGAUGAAGAUGACAAGAAGAAGAUAAAUGUUGUUCUUGUAGCUACAGGAAGUUUCAAUCCUCCAACUUUUAUGCACUUGCGCAUGUUUGAGCUAGCAAGGGAUGCAAUGCGUAUAGAAGGCUAUCGUGUGAUUGCAGCUUAUAUGUCGCCUGUUACCGAUGCGUACAAGAAGCCGGGCCUCGUAUCUGCUGAACAUCGCUUGCGAAUGUGUAAUCUAGCAUGUGAAAGCUCCGACUUCAUAAUGGUUGAUCCAUGGGAGGCAAAUCAAAGUGCUUACCAGCGUUCUUUGACUAUUUUGAAAAGAAUCGAGAGUUCUUUUAUUGAUAAACAUAUAUCAAGAGACUCUCUUAAGGUCAUGCUCGUUUGUGGUUCUGAUUUACUCCAAUCCUUUAGCACCCCAGGAGUUUGGAUUCCUGAGCAGGUGAGGACUAUAUGCAGAGACUAUGGUGUGGUUUGCAUCCGCAGAGAGGGGCAAGAUCUCGAGAAAAUCAUAUCCGGUGAUGAAAUUUUAAACGAAUGCAGUGGUAACAUCAAAGUUGUGGACGAACACGCACCAAACAUGAUCAGUUCUACAAGAAUCAGGGAAUGUAUUUCCAGAGGGCUGUCCGUAAAAUAUUUGACUGUAGAUGCGGUGAUUGACUACAUCAGAGAACAAAAAUUGUACUUGAAAGUCUGAUGGUAAAUGAUGAUCAAUGAUCAUAUCAGUAUAAUGUGUUCCACUUAUUGUUUUUUCCAUGAAAACUGUAAUAAGGAAAAGCAUGCUUGAAUCAAAAACAUCAAUUGUUAUUGUUUAUUGUCUGAAUAAUUUAUGCUAAUAAUUAGCAAGACACUGAUUAGAUGUUGUUGUGCAUCAUGCACGAUGUAACCUCAAAGCAAUAAGAAUUCUUAUACUGAUUAUAGCUAUA